AUUGACACAUACCCAUAACACAGAUUCCUGCAUUCAUACUCAUUCUCUUGUGUCUACAGAUUAACCUCAUCUUUUUGGCUUAAUCUGGCAUCUCUUAGACCAACACCUAGCUCCAGUGUCUCUUGAGUGUUUUCAGUUGUGUAGGCUUGAGAGAAGCUACUACAGUAGGAAAAACCCUAGGGAAAAGAAAGAAAGUAACAAGAAACAAGCAGAUCGAUUAUGACCAGAUCAUAUGGAUCUGGGAUAUGAAACAUCUAUGGAGUCAACAAAUAGCUCAUCGUCUUCGUCUUCUCCGAGCAGGUAUGAGAGCCAGAAGCGUCGAGACUGGGACACAUUUGGGCAGUACCUAAGGAACAACAAGCCACCACUUUCUUUCCCUCACUUUCACCCUAGCCAUGUUCUUGAGUUCAUGCAUUAUCUUGAUCAGUUUGGGAAGACUAAAAUCCACAUCCAAACGUGCCCUUACUUUGGAGUACCGAACCCACCUACAGCCUGCCCUUGUCCCUUCCGGCAGGCGUGGGGCAGUCUUGACGCGCUUGUUGGGCGGCUCCGGGCAGCUUAUGAUGAGCAUGGAGGAAACCCACAGAUAAACCCUUUUGGUGCGCCAGAAGUGAGGCGGUUUUUGAGGGAGGUUCGUGACUUUCAGGCCAAGUCGAGGGGGAUCAGCUAUGAGAAGAAGAGAAAACGCCCUAAGCAGCAGCAGGAGGAGCAAGAGGAUCAACAGGAGCAGGUAUAGACUUAAUUUGCUUAUUGCAGCAGCCAUAUCAUUCAGAAAAAGAAGGAAGCCCUAAAAGGACAAGAGGUCUGUAAUGUGAAAUGAUGCAAAUUUAUUGAGAAAUAUUAUUACUGAAUCUUUGUUUUACUUCGUUUCGAAACUGUUUAUG